GCGGCAGUAAAAGCAAUAACAACAACAACUACAAAAUAAGCUCUGCACUUUAGUUAUUUUAAAGUUAUGUCAUCUGCAGAGGAAAAUAAAAAUAAUAUUUUAGAAGUAUUCAAAGAAAAGGCUGAUGAAUUAUCAGAAAUAGCCAGCAGUAUGCCAGAGAAAUACAAACAUGAUGCGAGAAAAUAUUUCUUUCAACAUUGUGAUAGUUUAAAGGCGCUUCUUGAUAUCAAACAAGAGUAUGAAGCAUCAUACAUAGCUUCUAGACUUCAAACAGAUACUGUAUUGUCCAAGAAUACAAGCCAGACAUUGUUAGAGGAAAAUGAUGGAAAGAUAUCUAAUGAAAAGCAGAAGAGCACCUUAGUGACAAAUGUUCAAAAGGAUGUUGUUUCUUUAGAUGUAGAUAUGGUAAGAGGUAAAGUGUUAAGUAAAAACAGAGUAAAAUCUGAUCAUGUUUCAUCAGAUGGAGUGAAAGAAACUAUCAAAGCAGCAAAUGAUCUGAAUAGAGAUAAUGAUGAUACUGUGGUUAAUAUAGAAAGUAAUAUCAAGAAAAUACCAGCUUACAGUGAUAGUCAUCUAGAAAUAUUCUAUGAAUCUACACAAAGAGAACUUAAAGAAAGGAAAGGAAAUUGUACUGAUGAUGAUGAAACGGACACCUGGCCAGAAGCAUUUGAUGAAGGAGUAGAUGAAAGAACUGACAAUGCAGCAACUAAUGGAGAGAAAGAGAAACUGCUUGAAGACAGGGGUUUGGAUAAGAAGACGAGAGAACCAGGACAAGAUAUUGCAUGUGACAUUUCUGAAUUGAUAAAGUGUAUUCCUCAACUUUCACAGUACAUGGAGAUAGAUCCCAAGAACGUUACAGUGCUUAAAGAUGAUGACGAGGAGGAUGAUAAAUGUUUACAUAUAUCAGUUGAACUCUCAGAUGGUACCGUGCAGAAGUUUAAGGUUGCAGGAUAUAUACCUAGCAUGACUGAGCAGGCCCCUGACAGUGCUUCAGCAAAAGAUGAUGAAACAAAAAUAUCUAAUAUGGAACAAGAGUCAAAGGAACAAGCAGGUGAAAUGGCCGAUGUUAGGAAGGGUCCAUCAAUAUUGGGUAGUAGAUUACGUGCAAGGAAGCAGAAAGCUGCUGUUACACGAAGAGGCCCAGGUCGCCCAAAAAAUGAGAACAUUCCAGCACCAGAGAUCAGUGAGAAGGGGGAAACAUUUUAUAGAUGUGAGGAAUGUAAAGCUACAGUGAAGACUUACAAUGCUCUUAUAGUUCAUAUGAGAACCCACACUGGAUCUCGUCCAUUCCAAUGUUCAUUUUGUAAUAAAUCAUUCACAACGAAGGGGAAUAUGAGAGCACAUGAGAUGACUACACACAGUGACAGUAAGCCGUGGAAAUGUGAAUAUUGUGAUAAACGUUUCAAAGAGAAAAAAGUGAUGAAAAUACAUGAAAGAAUUCAUACAGGAGAAAAGCCAUACAGCUGCAGUAUUUGUGAGAAAGCUUUCACCCAAAGAUCUGUGAUGUUAGAACACAUGCUCACACAUUCCAACAACAGACCUCAUCUCUGUGAUCACUGUGGACAGGGCUUUAGAGGACUGUCAUCCUUAAAAGCUCAUAAAAAGAGGCAUAUAGGUUUGAGAGAGUUUCAGUGUGAUUCUUGUGAAAAGGCUUUUGUGUGUAAAAAUGAGUUGAAACGUCACCUGUUAACACACACUGGGGAUAAACCUUAUUCCUGUGAAAUUUGUUCCAAAGCAUUUACGCGUCUCUCCUACCUCAAAGAACAUGUUAAUCUACAUACAGGUGCUAAACCAUUCACAUGUGCUGAAUGUGGUCUCGCAUUUUCUGACACAAUGUCGUUACACAGACACAAGAAAAAACACAAGGUAGAAAAUGAAGAUAAGUUGCUAGAUAAUGAAAAUGAACCAGCUACUCUUAUGAACACAAUUUGUGAUAAUGUUGCUACUGCUGAUGUAGAACAAAGUUUGACAUUAGAAAUUCCAGAACAUAUGACAAUUGAUGGUGAACAGACUUCCAUUCAGGUUGUGGUCGAUGAAAAUACGAGUAUGGAAGAUUUUCAGAAACUUCAUUCUCUGUUGCUAUCUGCAACAGGUAGCACGGAAUUGAUGAUGAAUUCUCAGGAUACAUCUAAACAUUUGUACCAAGUGUUGUGUGUAAAUCCAGACACUCAGGAAGUUGUGGGAAAGGUUGAAGGUCAGGAGGUCAUUGUUGAAAGUCAGAGUGAGGAUACUAUGUCAAUUAAUUUACAAUACAAUGUUCAUUGAUAGCAGAUAACGAUAAAUAUGUAAAACAAUU